AUGGAAAUUGUGGUGGCGGAAGCGUUGAAACCAAGCUUGAGGACAGAGUCUGUUUUUUCACAAACGAUUAACGAGGAAAUUUUGUGUUUGAACGCGAACAACGUUGUUGUCGGUGAAGAUUUCUCUGUCGAUGACUUGCUUGAUUUUUCAAACGGUGAAUUUCAACAUGGUUCUGUCGGAAAAGAAAUUGAUAAUUACGAGGAGGAAGAAGAAGAACAUGAGAAAAACAGCACCACCUCUGGUUCGGAGCAUGACCGAACAGAAGACGACGGGAAUUCUAAUUCCAUGACGUUUUCCGGUACCGGCGAGUCAGACUCCAUUUUUGCCGGCGAAUUAGCAGUUCCGGCUGAUGAUGUUGCGGAUUUGGAAUGGGUGUCUCACUUUGUAGACGACUCUUUGCCGGAGCUUUCUCUAUUGUAUCCGGUUCAAGCCCGGGUCGAACCGGAACCUAGACCAGGCCCAUGCCCAACCAAAACUACUUCUCAUCUCACCUUAAUUCGCAGAAAGCCUAGAACCAACAAGACUAGAAGGCCCAACUGUAACACGUGGUCAUUCAACCCUAUUCUGUGUAAAGCAAAGAAGCAGAGGAAAAAGCCCGAGGCCCAAACGGGUGGAGCUCAGCUUCAGAGACGGUGCAGCCACUGCCAGGUACAGAAAACGCCACAGUGGAGAACUGGUCCGCUUGGACCCAAAACAUUAUGUAACGCUUGUGGUGUUCGGUAUAAGUCCGGUAGGCUUUUUCCGGAGUAUAGACCGGCUUCAAGCCCGACGUUUUCUGGUAAUAUCCACUCGAACAGCCACCGUAAGGUUUUGGAGAUGAGGCGGAGGAAGGAGACGGAAGAACCGGUAUCCGGUCUGAACCGGAAUCAAAUGGCGUCGAAUUGGUGA